UGCCUUUCAGAAGCAUAUAUAAACCCUGACACCAAAGCACCUUUCAGACACCUCUUCCAUCCCUCGAAUCAAGCCGUGCAGAGCUGGGGAUUAAGCAGAGGUAGCAGCCACCAGCAUGGUCUACUUAACCUUACAGAAAUACCAGAAGUUCUUGGCAAGCUCCCGGCAAGUUCACAAAACUGCUGCUCAUGUGGUGGCCAGGAGCGCUCCAGAGGAGACCGUGACCAGCAGCUUCGCCUCCUUCAUCCAUGCAGUUCGGCCCGAGCACUUGUCCAAGACUGUCCGUCACAGGAGCAAGAGGAUGAUCCUUGACAGCAUUGGGGUUGGCCUCGUGGGCAGCACAACGCAUGUGUUCCAUAUUGCUCUGCAGUACUGCCAGGAGCUGUAUUCUUCAGUUGCCGUGAGCUCUGUCUAUGGCAAGCCAGGUGUAAAGCUCUCCCCAACACUGGCUGCAUUUGCCAACGGAGUUGCGACUCACUCCAUGGACUUUGAUGAUACCUGGCAUCCUGCUACUCACCCAUCAGGGGCUGUUCUGCCAGCUCUUCUGGCAGCUUCCCAGAUGCUACCUCCAAGUACCAAACCCAAUGGCAUGGAUUUUCUGCUGGCAUUUAAUGUGGGCCUGGAAGUACAAGGAAGGCUCAUGCAUUUCUCCACCGAGACUCACAACAUUCCCAAAAGGUUCCAUCCUCCCUCGGUGGUUGGCACCAUGGGCAGUGCUGCGGCCACUGCAAAACUGCUCUCUCUCAGCAUGGCCCAGUGCACACAUGCUUUGGGCAUUGCUGCAUCGCUUGCAGGGGCACCCAUGGCAAACGCUGCCACCCAAGCCAAGCCAUUGCAUAUUGGAAAUGCCACCCGCCUGGGCCUCGAAGCAGCACUGCUGGCUGCCCGAGGGAUGGAGGCUAACCCCUUAAUUCUGGAUGACAUCCCUGGUUGCUCUGGAUUCAGUGCUUUCUAUGGUGUCUAUCAGCCCACACCACUGUCCACACCGAAUGACCACCACGAGUUCCUCUUGGAGAAGCAGGAUAUUGCCUUCAAGCGCUUCCCAGCCCACCUGGGAAUGCACUGGGUGGUGGAUGCCGCCUUGUCUGUCCGGAAUCUCUUCAUCAACUAUGCAGGGUCCUUCUCUCCUUCUUUGAUCCGCACCAUUGUGCUGAAGAUCCCAGUGUCAAAGUACAUCAACCGGCCUUUCCCCAGCUCUGAACACCAGGCCAGACACUCCUUCCAGUUCAAUGCCUGUACAGCCCUGUUGGAUGGUGAAGUGGGUCUCAGCUCUUUCUCAGAGAGGAGCAUCCACCGGCAGGAGCUGAGGGAGCUGCUGGACAAAGUGGUUGUGGAGCACCCUGAAGAUAAUGUGGCCAACUUUGACAAGAUGUACGGGGAGGUGGCACUGCUCCUGCACAGUGGGGAUGUCCUGACAGGCAAAUGUGACACUUUCUAUGGGCACUGGAGGAAACCUCUGAGUAAAGAAUCGCUCCUGAAGAAGUUUCGAUCUAAUGCCUCUCAUGUGCUUCCAGAAGAAAAAAUAGAAACCAUCAUCACUAUGGUGGACAACCUGGAGAAACUGUCAGAUAGUUCCCAGCUGGCCAGCAGCCUGUGAGGGAACAGCAAGUUGUUUUUUGAUAAGGGCCUUGUCCCAGUGAAACUCUGAUUUCUUUCUUCAUUGGUGCUUUAACUAUUGAUUUCCAGUGCCAAGAAACUUUCCACCCCUUGAAGUCAAAGUAGAUGCCUUAAUAUCAAGAGACCACGAGGCAGGAGGUGCAUCUGUGUCAGUAAUUAGCACACAGAUUAAAUUUCAACUCCCAGUUCACGCUGACUGAAUAGCUGAAAGGCCACCACAAAUACAAAAAAAAUGCCAUGGAAAUCUGUGAGAAUCCUGGGGUACCACCUGGAAGCCGGUUCCCCAGAAGGUACUGGGUUUGGAUAUUUUUCAAAGCUGCAUUUGAAGUUAUUUCUGUACAGAAUGCCUGACUGCUGAGUCUGGGAUGAAGAGGAAGUUCAGCUGCAAAAUGUGUGCUUUUCUUACUGCUCUUCUGGGCACUUUUCAGAUCAUGGUUAGUUAGUCAUGCUGGCCAGAUGAAAAAUCUAUCAGUUACUGUAAACAACCCUGCCUGAAAAACUCUCAGGCAGAGGUGUUUGUUUUGUUUUGUUUUGGGUUGGGUUGUUUUUUUUUUUCCAGUAAAAGCCUCCCGUUUCACUUGGGAAGUGUUGGUCACUUCUCCGUGUACAAGGGAUGAUUCAAGCACCCUUAAAACCUGUAUAGCUUUUCUGAUGAAAGGCAAUUGACAGGUGAGGAACCCCACAGGAGUCCUACACCUACACCAUGUGCCUCCUUUGAGGUGAACCCUGCCCAUCCCAGGGCUGUGCCACAUCAUCCCUCCUGGCUUUGCGCAGGUCACCCAGGCACCUCUUCAGAGCUGGCUCACCAGAGGUGUUCUCUCUAGUCCAUGCAGAGACAGGCACCUCUGGAUGGUGACUUGGGCACUUACAUGCUGUGACUCACAUCAAUCCCUCUUUCUCUCCCCUGAGAGGAGGGAAAGCUUACCGAGACUCAGUCCUUAACUCAUCUUUCCAACUGGCAUGAAAUCAGUACUUUUGCUCCUGAGUAGCCAUUCACUGAAAGGCUUUCUUACCUUGAGUCUGUUCUGAAAAAUGAGAUGGAGAACUAUGCAAUAUUCCUUUGCACAUUAUACAAAUGCUGUGAUUGCUGAUCCAAAUGAUUGUUUCCAAUAGGAUCAUGAUAUAGGUAUAGAAUCUAUUGCAGAAGUCAGGGGUGGCUUCUGCAAGGGGGACCAAGGUGGGACUAGACAGGCGAGAAGGAAUGUGGGCUGGUUCCUUUUUAGCUUGCUGGUAGUGGUCUAUGCAGAGAACUUCCCAGCCAGAGCAAAGCUGUUUGCCCACCUGUUAAUCCACUUGCUCCUACUGUCUAGUGUAUUCACACUGAAUCUUUCUCAAUAAAGAACUGAAAUAAAUUCAUUUUCUAUAUAAA